AUGGAACCCCACUGGAAUCCAACUGUUGAAGCCCAGGCAUUUGACCGCCUUCACCGAAUUGGACAGAAAAAAACAGUUCAGGUAUUCCAUUUUAUCACUCCCAAAACAAUUGAAGAGAAGAUCCUCAUUGUUCAAAACAGGAAGAAACAGUUGACCGACUACUACUGA